AUCUGCACCAAAAUUCAAGCCCUUGGGAAAUAACUCCGGCCAUUCUCCGAUUUAUCGCCGGCAGCUGCACCGGAAAAAGUAUGUCAUUCAAAGAGGAAAUAGAGGAGGAGGAAUCAUUCGAUCACACUCUCCUAGUCGUCCGAGAAGUUUCCGUUUUCAAGAUCCCGCCGCGAUCCAGCAGCGGCGGUUACAAAUGCGGCCAAUGGCUUCAGUCCAAUAAGAUCUGGUCCGGUAGACUCCGAGUCGUGUCCUGUAAACAGCGAUGUGAGAUCCGUCUCGAGGAUCCGAAUUCCGGCGAAUUGUUUGCCACCUGCUUAGUCUAUCCGGGCACCCGAGACAGCUCCGUGGAGACGACGCUGGAUUCUUCAAGAUACUUCGUUUUGAAGAUCGAGAACGGUAGGGGAAAACAUGCAUUCAUUGGACUUGGAUUCAAUGAAAGGAAUGAAGCGUUUGAUUUCAAUGUGGCAUUGUCUGAUCAUGAUAAGUAUGUUAAAAGAAAGAAGGAGGAUGAAGAAUCAACUGAUCAUAUUGAUAUCCAUCCAGCAGUUAAUCAUAGAUUGAAGGAAGGGGAAACUAUAAGGAUAAAUGUGAAGAACAAACCAAUAUCAAAUGGAACUGGUAUGAUUUCAGCUGCUGGAACUGUAAAACAUAAUAAACCACUGGGUCUUGCUCCUCCACCACCACCAUCAAAAGGGUUUGUGAAAACAAGGUAUCCAUUGCUGCCCCCGCCAAAUGUUGUUCACCCUGUCAGCCGGAAAAUCUCCAAUGGGGUGAACCCACAAAAGGAAAGUUCCAGGAAUUCAAAUGAUCAUGCUUUUUCUGACUUUUCUCAACUUGGGAAGAAUCUUCCUUCGAGUGCUGGAUCGGGAGCAGCUGAAUGGACAGCAUUUUGAGUUAUAAAAAUAGUAAUGUCUUACUGGGAAAAUGGUCAUGUUUUAAAAAAUAAUAAUAAGUCUUUUAAUAUGUGUUUGCUGUUUUGGGGAACUCUACUACCUAAAAAAUUGUUUACAGAUAGUUAUUGAUUGUCAAACUAAAACUAAUGAAUGCCUUAUAUAAAACAUGCUUUAUUAUUAUUAUUAUUUAUUUAAUU